UUGGCCGUUGGCCGUUGGGCGUUGGGCGACUUCCCAAAUCGCGACAGCUUUGGAAAGUAUGAAAGUUGUCAAAAAAAUAUUCGGCGUGGACGAUUUUCCUCCCUGUUGCAAAAUUUUAACUGCCCCUGCUCAGCAAUAGGAGUUAUACUUAGUUUAAUACCCAUUCCACCGACCACUUAGAGUUCGCACCCAACGACAGGGAUUAUCCAAUCGCCAUACCAAAAUCUUCAACGCGACGUUGACGUAACAUCCUAUUCUUUCAGAUUUGUAAUUGUAAAGGAAUUGACUUAAUGUUAAUUUGAUGCUGCACCCAAUAGUUGUACUUGUGUAGCUCGAUCCCGAUGUUCUGGCGUUCUCAGAUAGUUCUCAUUCUUUCCUCCCGGUUUCGCC